AAUAGAAGAAAAUAAAUUGAGAACCCUUUAUGCUUUUAUGCCUCUAAUUUCCUGUUUUAUGUAAACCAAUUGAGGCGAAAAUGGAUGAUAACUGAGAAGAAGAAAUCACCAUAUAUAAUGGAAGAAGAUGCCCAUGCAGCCAAUAUCUUUAGGUCCCAAUCUUAUACUAACAUAGGGCUUUCUUCAUCAGCUAAUUCGGUUGUUGCACUAGCACAAAAGUUGAUUGCAGAGGCAAUUGGCGCAUACUUCAUUAUAUUUGCAUGGUUUGGAUCAGUUGUAAUGAAUAGGCUAUUUGAUGAUGAGAGCGUAACGUCUCCAGGGAUAAGCAUGACAUGGGGAGCAGUUGCGAUGGUGAUGAUUUACUCAUUGGGACAAGUAUCAGGAGGUCAUUUUAAUCCUGCUGUUACUAUCACUUUCACUAUCUUUCGUCGCUUCCCAUGGAAAUUAGCACCUCUGUACAUAAUAGCUCAACUAAUCGGCUCACUUCUGGCGUUCGGUACUUUAGCGCUACUGUUGGAUGUGAAUCUCAAAGAUUAUUUUGAACAUUUUCCUAUAUUGGGUUGAAAUAUAACCCAAGUUUCAAUAUUUGGGUUGGAAAAAAAUAUCACGGUAUUGGAGGUGGAAUCACGAGGUAAAGCGAU